AUGGUCACUCCACACGCUCCCCCGCACGUUGUCCUGCCCGCCCACAACCUCGCCAGCACUAUGACUCACGCGACCUUCCGGACGCAUGGACCCCACCCAAGGACGCGUGCUUCUGGUGCCUUCGCGGCGGCCACAGGACCAGAGAAUGCCCCCGACGAUACCUCCCCCUGUGGUGCUACCCUCCUGCCCAUCCGAGUCGAGUCGCACGAGCUCCUAGCCUUCCUCGACUCCGGAAGCGCCGUCAGCAUCAUCCCAGCGUCGUCCCUAAGCAAAUGUAAUACGCCCUCCACCUGCACACCCACAACGUAUAUCGUCCACGGUGCCAGUGGUUCUUGCCUUGACGUCAUUGGCGAGGUCUCCCUCACCAUUCAUCUGUCCGGCAUGACGACAUCGCACCCAUUCAUGGUCAUAAACGGCCCAGCCGUCCCGGGGGAUAUUCUCCUGGGCUACGACUUCAUGGCCAGGACAGGCCUCCACCCAAUUCCUCGCGAGAACAUAGCUGUUCACAACAAUCGCGUCUACGCCCUCACCCCCUCUGGACGAGUAUGGCGCAGAUCGCACUGCCACUCGCUUACAAGUAGGGUCGCGACCCCCUCAGCUCCAGCCAGCAACAAGGUCACUACCGGUUCCCUGGACAUGAACGCCACCACCGCUACUCCUUCAAGCUCCACACGUCAACCACAGGUCACACCCACACCAACAAGCAGGGUCACUACCGGUUCCCCAUACGUAAGCGCCACCAAUGCUGCUCCAUCAAGCUCCACGUGUCAGCCACAGGUCACACCCACACCAACAAGCAAGAGCCCUCCUCAAUCACCAGCCGCCUCGAGGCCCACAUGGACCCCUGUGUCUGACUUCCCCUUGUCAGGUCAGUGA